AUGACGCCCACGACGACGACAAGGUACCGCCUGCUCCUAUCCGUCGUCCUCCUCGGCCUCGCGCUGCUGAGCCAGGUCGGCGCCCAGUCGUGCUCGGCGGCCAACAAGUGCGGAGCGGCGGCGCCGUGCUGCUCUGAGUUUGCCUACUGCGGCACCACGUCGGCCCACUGCCUGGGCGGGUGCAAUCCGGACUCGUCGUUUUCGCCCUCGUCGUGCCGCCCCAUGCCGCGGUGCGAGGCGCAGUACAUCGACUUCACCGCGUCCAAGCGCCCCUUUGUCGCCCUCGGAUCCUUCAACGGCGACCCCAACCAGGCCCAGAUGACGCUCGAUUCCGGUACCGCCGUCGCCGGCAAGACGGGCGUCUCCCUCCGCCUCACAAAGGACGGUCCCGCCGCUGGGGGUACCAGGCUCAGCACCACCAGGUACUGGUACUACGGAAAGGCAACCGUCGUGAUGCGCCACCAGGCCGCCGCUGGCGUCGUGGCCACUUUCAUCAGCAUGUCCAACAGCAAGGACGAAGUCGACUGGGAGUUUACUACCUCGAGCGGCCAGGACGCAGAGACAAACUACUUCUGGCACGGUUUCGGCGACUACACGCACGGGCGCACCAUUGCGCCGACGUCGCUGCCCAACGCGGCCACGUUUGACCGCUCCAACUUCCACUCGUACUCGCUCGACUGGUCGCCCAACCGGCUGCAGUGGUCCAUCGACGGCGUCGUCGUGCGCACCGUCUACCGCAAGCACACCCUCGACGCCGCCACGGGCGUCUACCGCUUCCCCUCGACGCCCGCCCGCCUCCAGGUCUCGAUCUGGGGCGCAGGCACCGACGCCUACCCGGCCGGCACCCGCGACUGGGCCGGAGGCUACAUCGACUGGUCCCAGGCCAACGCAAACACAAAGGCCUUCAGCAACAUCGUAAAGAGCAUCGAAAUCACCUGCAACGAACCCCAAGACGUCCUCGGCAAGCCGGCCUACAUCUACUCGGCAAAGCAGAUGGACGCCGCCACCGGACAGCGCAAGAUCCUCGGCACCGUCAAGAGCACACUGUUGUAG